AUGACCUCGCAAUCUCCUGCGCCAUACCGCGAUGACCUCUACGGAGUCUCCCCUCCCCCGAAAAACAGAAGAGGUAACCAUGGCCCCGAGUCGCCUUCUCCCGUGACCUCCGUAUCGUCAGAUAAGGAAAAUCGCUCUCGACCAGGCGUUGACAAAGGAAAAGGGCGCGCGCCGCUAGGCAUGAAGCCACCGUCGAGAGACUCUCCCAGUGAUCGCAACAAGAGAAAAAGAGGGCCCCAAGAGCCUCUGGCUGACCGAAGCAACACCAGAAGACGGACAGCCGAGGGCGCUCCUGCCCCAGGUGGCAGCCGCAGGCAAAUAUCGGCAUAUGCUGAGGAACAUGUUGAGGAGGACGAGGAAGAUGAUGUGGAAGAGGAGCCCGUGAAGGAAAGAAGCGAUAGGAGGAGGCAGACCGUGGAACAAGAGGAUGGUGCAUCUGAGGACUCCUGCAAUUACGAUCCCGAUCAAGAUAUCCUGGAACGACGCAAAAUUCGCAAGGGCAUGAGGGACUUGGAUAGGAAGCUUCACGAGAACCGUUCCGAAUUUCUUCUUCCGGACUCGACUGGACUUAGGGACACACUUAUCGCAGCCAAUUCAUUGUCUAAACGGGUCAAGCAGACUUCCGAUGCUACGAUUGACGCCAAACUGCUAUCCACAGCCGCAGACUACACUUAUAAGAAGACUGUUGCUUUGCUCUCCGGGAACACUGCGCAAGGUAUCGAUGUCGAUGAUCUGAUAUCAAAGAUAAAGCAAUUCUCGAGACUCGGAGAUGAUGCAGCAGCAGCACUUAGCAGCACGCAAAGGGCUCGGAGAGAUGAUGGCGAGGAUGAUGAGGAAAUGUUGAAUUGGGCCUACCUGGGACGGAAUGCUUGUAUCAUGCACAACUCUCGUCCGUCCGUACCUGGCUUCUUGCUUGGUCCACUAUCAGUAGAAAAACGAGCCAAGCGAGUCGUUGCACGAAGGGCAGUCCUCAAGCAUAGCAGUCUUCAAGAGACGCGUCCGGAAGUCCUUCAAGUCUCCGAUGUCCAGAAAGACAAGAACCAGAAUCUCAGCUCUCUGUGCCGGGAAAUCAAGGUAGCGUUACAGCAGCGUUGCGUGAGUAAUCAAGAAGCAAUAGAGAACCUGCAUCAUGCAGGUAUGUCGGUUGAACAGGAGCAGGAACUAUUCGACCGCUUCGACACGGCAGAGAAUAGUGGACUGGCUUAUUUCAAAUUUGUCGUCAAUCCCUGGUCCUUUGGUCAAACCGUAGAGAAUAUGUUCUACGUGAGCUUCUUGAUCCGCGAUGGAGCAGCUGGAAUAUCUCUAGAUGAUAGAGGUCUACCAUAUCUCGUCUUCUAUGAUGAUCCGGACCGCGAUGCAACAGCGAAAGGCGAUCAUCCCAAACACCAAGCUGUCAUGUCAAUGGACAUGGCUAUGUGGGAUGAUCUGAUUAGAACUUUCGACAUUAAAGAGCCUAUGAUCCGUCACAGAGAGGAAGAGUCGUACACUAAUGUUGGCGCCAAGGGGUGGUAUGCCUAG